ACUGAGGCCCAAAGGAAAUGCAAACCCAUUAGCUUCGGCUGCGAAUCGUUUGGCGCUUUCGGCGCCUAUUGUAAACCAAACCAUUGGAAUCGUCCACUCAUUCACUCUCUCUCUGUGUCUGUUUUUCUCUCUCUCUCUCUCUCUGUCACGCGCGGACACACACACACAUUAGACACGCUUUCUCUCUCUCUCUCUCUCUCUUAGUUGGUUUUUCUUUCGAAGUUUGUGCCUUUCACUUUGAAAAAAAAAAUUCUGGGUUUUUGUUUUUUCCGGCAACCCGGGUCAGAAUCCAGUGAAAUUGGCAGAAAUCCCAGCAACCCAUUUCGGAUUUGGAGCCACUCGGAUCAAAUCUGGACAUUUUUUUGGGAAAAAAAAUCCAACAUUUACAUUUUUUGACGUUGUUUAAGAUAAACCCACAAGACAAGUUUUUGAGUUUAUGAGUGACCGUGAUGAAAUAGAAAUGGUUUCUGUAGAAUUGUAAUGGGAAGAUGAAAUGCAAAUCUGGAUUGUGCUUGUGGUUGAGACUCAUGGGGAUUUGUUUUAGUAUUGAAGAGCAAGAACAAUUACAACACCACCAACAACAACAACAUCUAUACCAACGGCAACAACAACAACAACUCCAGUUGCUUAAUACGAGUCAAGUUGAAGUAAGACAUGAAUCGGCUACAUGUAUUAAUUCACAAGAAAAAAAUGCAAGUAGCAAUUCCUUGGCUCCCAAGAAUGUCAAUGAUCUCCGUGAAAAUCCUGUUAAUAGUAAUGUCGAUAUCUUUACAUAUGAGGAAAUGAGGUUGGCUACAAAGCGAUUCCGGCCAGAUUUAAUUCUUGGUGAGGGUGGGUUUGGAAUUGUAUACAAGGGAGUUAUUGAUGAGAAUGUGAGACCCGGUUACACUUCCACCCAAGUUGCCAUCAAGGAGCUUAAUCGAGAAGGGUUCCAAGGUGACAGGGAAUGGCUGACAGAAGUCAACUAUUUAGGACAGCUCCGUCACUCUAAUCUUGUGAAGCUUAUUGGGUACUGCUGUGAAGAGGAGCACAGACUGUUAGUUUAUGAGUACAUGGCAAGUGGGAGCCUGGAAAGACAUCUUUUUCGCAGAGUGGGCUCCACAUUAACUUGGUCAAGAAGAAUGAAGAUUGCAUUAGAUGCUGCAAAGGGACUUGCUUUUCUUCAUUGUGCAGAACGACCUGUCAUAUACCGUGAUUUCAAGACAUCAAACAUCUUGCUGGAUGCGGAUUUUAAUGCAAAACUUUCAGACUUUGGCCUUGCAAAGGAUGGGCCAAUGGGAGACCAAACCCAUGUUUCAACACGAGUGAUGGGUACUUACGGAUAUGCUGCUCCUGAGUAUGUAAUGACCGGGCAUUUAACAGCUCGAAGUGAUGUUUACGGAUUUGGUGUGGUACUACUUGAGUUGCUCAUUGGAAGGAAAGCAUUGGACAAGAGCAGGCCCAGCCGAGAACAUAACUUGGUUGAGUGGGCCCGCCCACUCUUGAACAAUAAUAAGAAGCUUCUGAGGAUCCUAGACCCUAGGCUGGAGGGGCAAUACUCUAAUAGAGCAGCAAUGAAGGUGGCCCAUUUGGCAUACCAGUGCCUUAGCCAAAACCCAAAAGGGAGGCCUCUCAUGAGCCAAGUGGUUGAUAUCCUUGAGACUUUCCAGUCAAAGGCAGAAAACCAUGAAGAGGCAAUGCUUCAAAGUGGAGGCAGUCUAACCCUUUAUGAGGUUCCAAAGGGUACCUCUGUCACUCAGUCACAGAAGAGAGAGCCAUUUAGAAGUGAGAGGGCACCCGAGGUGCGGAGUAGCAAACCAGGAAAAGGAAGGAGCAAAAGUGAGCCUUUCAACGAUGCUGAUGUAUAUAGUCCUUCUCCAGAUUUAUUGUCCAGUGAGAAGUCAGCUUCUACCAGACGUUAAAACUGUACCAAAUAUAGACAUGGAAGUUGAACUUGUAUAAGAUCUGUAAGUGGUGUUUUGAGAUAGUAGUUAUCCUUCUUCCCUUAGUAGCAAAUCCAGCCAAAGUAUUAGUACUUUCAUUCUCUACUUAAGCUUAGUCUAUUUUAUGAUCUAUCAAGGAAAGAGAAAACCCUUUUGAAAUUGUAACCUGCUGUGCCGGCUGCUCAUCUUUCUAUGAUCAUCCGAUAGUAGGUAGUGGGUUUCUCAUCUUGACAAUCAAGGCAAGGGUGUAAAUAAGUCUGUUGUUGUUGUUAUUGUUCUUAUUUGCUUACAGUAAGUGCGGAAAGGACGUAGAAUCCAAGUUCUCCUCCGCUAAAGAACUAGACGGUGCUGUUGCGUCAUUAAACUCAGAGAUAUAAGCCAGUUUAUUUAUGAUCUUGUAAUUUUGUAAUAUUUCUUUCUAUGAUAGACAACAAUUUUGGUUUCAAUUGGGAAGAGGACUCGAACAAGUCCUCCUCCAUGGAAGAACUGGAUUGUGUCACUGAAUCAUAAGGCUCUUGAUAGAUGCCAAUUUAUUUAUGAUCUUGUAAUUUAGUGAUAUUUAUUUCUGGGAUAACCUUUAA